GGACAGAUCAUCGCCUCUAACUCACCGGCGUGGAGAUUGCGCCCUCUCUGCCCUUCCCCCCGCAGCAGCCAAAACCGUCGCCGCCAGCGAGGAAGGGAUGUUCGCCGGCGCAGCCCACCACCCUGCCUGAAGGCCGGCGCCCGGCGGUUGUAGCGGUUCCUUCCGGGUCGGCGCAGACAUGUCCUACCGCAGCUACGUCCCGUGGACCAAGGGUGGCGCGAGUACCACCUACCCCGGCGGCGGCGGCGGCGGCGGCGGCUACUCCGGCGCCGCCUCCAAGUCCUCCGAUGCCGCCUCCAGCACCCCGGCGUCUCAGUACGACGGCGGCUACGCGCGGAGUCGCCUGGGCGGCGGCACGGCAUCCACGCCGCCAGGCAGGGCCGGGGUCGGCGGGACCUCCACGUCCUACAAGUCCGCCUGCCCCGUGGCUCCCAGCGCCCGCGACCGGUCGUCGACGCGGGACGCGCCCGCCAAGUACACCGGCUCCAGCUCGUCCAGCUUCAGAGAGGGCGACCGACUGUCGCUGCGGGACAAGUACGCGACGGGCACCUACCCCGGCCGCAGCCGGGACUCCUCCCUCUCCAGCUACGACAGGAAGGAGCCCGACUACGGCCGGGGCCGCAGGAGCCGCGACCCCAGCCCGGAGGUGUCCAGCUACGUCAGCACGCUGUCGCCUUACCGGCUGUACGGCAGGAGUGCGUACAGCCGCUCCACCAGCAGGGACGCCGGGGGCGACUCUGCCGCCUCCUCGGCGUCCUCGACCCCCGCCACGACGCCCGUCCACGCGCCGACCUCGCUGCGGUUCACGACUGGCUCGCGCUACACUGGGUCGUCGUCUGUCAGGAGCCCCGUCAGUGACAAGUCGCCCGCGGCGUACGGCAGGUCGUUCAGCAGGUCGUCCUCGCAGCAGGAUCACGAGGACUCGGCCAGGAGGAGAGACAAGGGCUCUUCUUCCGAAGGGUCGAAGAAGCUCAGGAGCACCGUGGCGGACAGCGCUGCGAAAGGUGAAGAUGGAGACGUGACCACGUUCGUGACGGUGGUUACCCGAGGCACUUCGCCCACCCCCCCGUCCACGUCUUCCUUCCUCAGAAGCCGGCGCGCUGAGAUGUCGCGGAGCAUAGAGAAGACGAUAGCGAGGCCCACGGUGAAGCCCGAGAUGGCUGACAAGGAGAUGCAGUCGGACAGAGGAGACGACACCUCCAGGACUUCUAGGUUCUCCAGCCGUCUCUCCUCUUCGCCUUGGUCGUCGUAUAUGGACCGCUACGGGAGUAAUUACUCCCCUGUUUCUCGUUACUCUUCGCGCUACGGGAACUAUAGUUCAUUAUCCUCUGCGAAGAGUACCGACAGAGACACAUCAACAGGUGCUCAACUGCAAAAUAACGAUUCAAAUGAAAGUGUUAACAGUACAACCAACGAAAAUUAUUUUAACUCUCCAUGUAUUAACACCGAAAGCCAAGCCAAAGAUAUUGUAAGCCAAAAGGUUUCAGAGGCAAUGAAAAGUAAUGAUUUAAAACAAACUUUUACUCCUUCGCCAGAUGUAGAGAAUCUUAAGCAAAGUUUAAAAUUUAUUGCAGAAAAAUCUGUAUUGGGCUCCAAUAACAAGUCACAUUCAAAUAAUGCAGUCAAAAACUGUCAAAAUAAUAACAGUAUGAGUAGUAACUCUAAAACCCCUAAUGCCAACCAUACACCAUCAAACGAUAUAAAGUCUCCUUCUAACCUACUGAAGAAAUCUUCUUCAGACUGCAAUUCACAAACGGUACCUAAUAUUCCAGUGCCACAAACAGCGUUUAAUCAUUCUUUACCAGCAACGUCCUCUUUAACACCUUCGUCAUCAAAGACUUUGGUGAAACAAAGCUCUCCAGAUACAUCUAGCGGGAAACUUCUUCCACCACCAGUUCCUAAGGAUAAAUUUACAGGGCCACAAAGUCAGACACUUAAAACCUCUUCCUCAUUACAUACACUCAAUAAACUAGCAAUACCGAACAAAGAUUUUAGAAAGUCUGCUUUGAAUGUUGAACUAGCAAACGUAUUACAAGCUGAAGCUUUCAAAAAGAUGCAAGAGAAGCAGAGAAAAACAAGUCAAAAUGAGGAUGAUAAUAGGAGAAAUUCAGUUGGAUCUGGGGGAUUGGAAUCUUUACCUGUGACUGGUGGAUCCGCGCCAUCUCUUGCGAAGACAACGCAUUCCACUAGCAAACUGCGCGAGAGCAAGUCACUGUCGAAGCUGCACUCUAGCAAAAACACGAAUCAGGUUAAGUCAAAAUUGAUAUCCCCAGACAAGUCUAAACCACCAACCGUCAGGAGAAAAUCUGACUCACAUAGUUCUUCGAGUGAAUCUACUUCCAGCGAUGAAUCUAGUUCCGAUUCAAGUUCGAGCAGCAGUAGUGAGACAUCUUCUAGUGAUGAAGAAAUAGAAAAAUGCGUGCAAGUCAUAAGAAGGCGAAGAUCUUCUCGAUCCCCAAAGACUCCCGAGAAGAAUGUCGCAGGAAAUAAUAUAACCGCCUCCAAACCAGUGAUAUCUGCUUCUUCAGCUGACGAGUUGGCCGUUGCAACAGAAAAACCUCCACGGCCACCAUCCAGCCCCAGAGCUCAGGCAAAAACUGAAGAGGCGAAGUCGUUCCUGAUGCGAGCUCUUGCUCCUGUUACCAAUUUGUUCAGGGGAAAAUCACAAGAAGCAUUGAACAACAGUGAAAAAUUAACAGAAAGUGAAGGGAAAAUGGGUAGCACUCAUUCUCUUAAUAGAUCUUUGGGAUCUGACCAAGAGGAUUCAACUAUAAAGAAUAACAAUGUAUGUGGUAGUCCAAAGAACAAUUCUAAAUCCGAUAAACAAAGAAAGCCUAAAUUUAAAUUACGGAAACAAGAGUCUGGAGAGAGGGCAUGGUGGCUAGAUAGCAAUCCCAAUAUCCCUGAAGGAAUUCAGAGGAUUGCAAGCAACAUUUCUUUAAACAAAGUCCAAGAUUCUGAAAAUAGGACAAUUGGAGAACCAGACACAAACAAAAUCAAAAACUUCAAGCUGAGAAAACAAGAAUCGGGAGAAAUUCCGUGGUGGCACGAUGCGAACGGUGAAGUACCCGAAGGAGUUCAAAGGAUAAAAAGUAGUCAAUCGAUUGCUAAACUUAACGAAGUUAGCUCGAGGCCAGAUUCAAGUAACAAAGAAGAGGAGAUCAAAAAGUAUAAUUUACGUCGUCAGCAGUCGGGAGAGAAAGCAUGGUGGUUGAAAAGUAACUGCGAUGUACCAGCAGGCAUCAUGAAGCUCCAGAGCAACAAGUCCUUGUCGGACUUCCUGCAGAGCGAGUUGAAGGCCAAGGUCCAGAAAGUCGGGAAGGACAAGUCCUCGACGGAGGAGAGCUCGGAGGAUUCCGCGGCAGAAGAAGGACGAAAGGAAGUCGCAAACGAUCGGCAGGUACCGAAGUUCCCGUUGACGCUCCCAGGGAACUCCGUCACCGGUUCUUGUACGGCGGGGGACAAAGGCGAGGACGAAGGCCGUCAGUCGCCUUACGAUAACCUGCAGGAGCAGAAGACAGCGAGGGGCAAGGCCGCCUCCAAGACAAGGCCGAAAAAUCUCCCUCUGUUCAUCGGCAGCCACACAAACAUCGACGAUAUUUUGGGCAGCGCGGCAACCCUCGUCAACCCGUUGAUAGGACUUUCCAAACUGAGAAGAGGCAAAGGAGCGCGCGUGGAGGAGGAGGAGGAGGAGGAGGAGGACUACGACGACGAAGGCGACGAAGAGCUGGAGGCGAGCCCCGGGCAGGUGCGCCUCCUGGAUGGCUCCGCCCGCGCGCCCGGCAGCCAGCGCCACGGGACCGCGGCUGAGGAAGCUGAGAGGAGGAGGUCCGCGGGCAUGAUCCAGUUGGACGACACGGCGCUCCAGCUGUACAAGGACGGCGACUACGGCUCCUACCUGGACCUGGAGGCGUCCAUCAACGAGCAGCAGGAAGAGUUCGAGGGCUUCCAGGCCAACCGCAAGAACUCCAUCGUGCUGAGGACCCAGCUGUCGGUCCGGGUGCACACCAUCAUCGAGAAGCUGCUCAACUCGGAGGGCCGCGAGCUCAGGAGGGCCUUGUUCUCGCUCAAGCAGAUCUUCCAGGAGGACAAGGACCUGGUGCAUGAGUUCGUGCAGAAUGACGGGCUGGCGUGCCUCAUCAAGGUGGGCUGCGAGGCCGACCAGAACUACCAGAACUACAUACUGCGAGCGCUGGGGCAGGUGAUGCUGUACGUGGACGGCAUGAACGGCGUCAUGGAGCACAACGAGACGGCGCAGUGGCUGUACACGCUGAUCGCCUCCAAGUUCCGCCUCGUCGUGAAGACCGCGCUGAAGCUGCUGCUGGUGUUCGUGGAGUACGUGGAGAGCAACUGCCUGCUGCUCGUCCGGGCGGUGCGCGCCGUCGACUCGGCGCGCGGCCAGCUGCCGUGGAGCAACAUCAUGCGUCUGCUCAAGGACUACGAUGCGGCCGACACGGAGCUGCUCAUAUACGCCAUGACGCUCGUCAACAAGACCCUGAACGGAGUGCCAGACCAGGACACGUACUACGACCAGGUGGAUGCCUUGGAGGAGCAAGGCGUCGAGGGCACCAUCCAGAGGUACAUGUCGAAGCAAGGCACGGACCUGGACCUGCUGAGGCAGUUCCAGAUCUACGAGGCAGUGCUGCACCACGAGGACGGCGAGGAGAAGGGAACCCCGCUCCGCCAACUGGACGACACGAUCCGAAAAACGCUGCGACAUCGGAAGGCCCUGAUGGACUCGACGGAGCGCCGCAAGUCCCGGCGCCACUCGACGGGCACUGCCCCCGCGACCACCCCCACGAGAACCAACCACGACGAGGGGGGCGGGGGCGACUCCUCCAGCUCCCGGUCCUCGCCCGGCCUGGACGACUCGCUGGGCGGACAGCUGAACGGCGGCUACAAGGACAACAAAGCGGAGGACGCAGGCGUGACGCCAGCAUUGCGGCGACGCAGGGAGCGUGCCCAGAGGCAGCGCAGCUUCAUCCGCGAGCAGCAGGAGACGGCCGCCACGCUCAAGGCCAGCCUCCACCCCGCCGACGGUCAGGCGGAGGAGGGAAACCAGAGGCUCUGUCAGAGGCUAGCCAAUGGGAAGCACGAAGACAAUGAAUCCCGAUCCAACAAACUGAAUCGAGUCUCGAGCAGGAAAGACAUAACACCCCUCAUGAAUGCUGUCAACAAACUGGACUCGGAGACGGAGUCAAAGUCGGCCGACAUGAACGGGAUGUUCAAAAAGCCAUGGAUGCUGUCGAUGAUGUACGGCAAGAGCAUAGAAGACGGCGAAGCGCCAAAGGAUGGCCAGGGCUACGACAACGACAGGGACGACUCGUCGGAGAGGAAGAGGCUGCUGCAGCUGAAGAGGGAGAACACGGUGAAGGACCUGACGCAGAAGCUGGCCGGCCAGAACGGCCUCGGCGGCGGCGGGGACGAGGGUGGCGGCAACAAGGUGGCCGGCAGGAUCGGCGACAUGACGGGCCUCAUCUCAAAGGCCAAGGAGGGCCUCGAGAAGUCAAAAUCAAAGGCGGACGUCCAGAAGAGCCCCACCAACGAAGCCAUCCCCAAGCUCGAGGUGAAGAAAUCAGAGACGGAGCUUCACUGGGAGGAGUUGGUGAAGUCGCUGAAGAGGCCCCUCUCACUGUGUGACCUCGACUUCACCGACCUGAGGAGCGACGACGAGGUAGAUAUCUUGUCCACGACGCACGUCACCAACGGCAUCCCGCCGCCCCCGCCCCCGGUCCCGAUGGUCCGGGGAGGUGCCGCCCCGCCGCCGCCCCCGCCUUCCGGCCGGAUGAAUUCUGUGGCUCCCCCACCGAUGCCGUCCGUGGUGAACGGCUCGGCCUCCCUGUACGGCGCAAACUUGCGACAGCACCAGCGGACCUGCGGCAACGAGCCGGCCGGUCCCACCAAGACGUCGCCCAACUCCAACUUGAAAAAGACCAAGAAGACGGUGAAGCUGUUCUGGAAGGAGGUCCGAGACGAUCCCAUCAUCCUGGCCAAGCUGCAGAACUCCGGCAUGAUUUGGGACGAGCUGAGUCCCGUCUCCGUAGACACACAGAAACUGGAGCAUCUGUUCGAGUCUCGAGCUAAAGAUCUGAUUACCAAGAAACAACAAGAAUUGAACAAAAGCAAAGAACUGAUUGUGCUUGAUCACAAGCGCUCCAAUGCUAUCAACAUUGGCAUGACGAAGCUGCCUCCUCCCCGAUCCAUUAAGACAGCAAUUCUGAAAAUGGAUGCCACUAUUAUGAACAGAGAAGGAAUUGAGAAACUGCUGACGAUGCUGCCCACGGAGGAGGAGCGGUCCAAGAUCCAGGAGGCGCAGAUGGCGAACCCAGACGUGCCCCUGGGGAGUGCAGAGCAGUUCCUGCUCACCCUCGCCUCCAUAUCGGAGCUGCCGGCCCGCCUCAAGCUGUGGGCGUUCAAGCUCGACUUCGAGAACAGCGAGAAGGAGAUAGCAGAGCCGCUGAUGGACCUGAAGCAAGGAAUGGAGAUGCUGAGGAGCAGCACCACUUUCCGAGGGAUUCUGAGCACUCUGUUGUCGAUUGGCGUUUUCCUCAAUGGGAACGAGGUGAAAGGCUUCCAGAUCGAGUACCUGGCGAAGGUGCCUGAGGUCAAGGACACGGUCCAUAAGCACACACUCCUCCACCACCUCUGCAACAUGGUGAUGGAGAAGUUCCCCGAGUCGACGGACCUCUACUCCGAGAUUGGGGCGGUGACACGCGCGUCCAAGGUCGACUUUGACGAGCUGGCCGCCAGCAUCACCAGGCUAGAGCAGGAGUGCAAGGCAUCGUGGGACCACCUCAAGGUCAUCGCCAAGCACGACAUAUCCGUCGCCAUGAAGAACAAGAUGUCAGAGUUUUUGGCCGACUGUGCGGAGAGGAUCAUAGUUCUCGACAUAGUGCAUCGCCGGGUCAUGAACAGGUUCCACAAGCUGCUGCUGUGGCUGGGCAUCCCGAUGCACCGCGUCCACGACAUGAAGCCCAACGAGCUGUGCCGCAUCGUCUCAGAGUUCUCCCUGGAGUACCGCACCACGCGCGAGCGGGUGCUGCAGCAGCUCGAGAAGAAGGCGAACCAUCGCGAGCGGAACAAGACCCGCGGGAAGAUGAUCACGGAGGUCGGAAAGUUCCGCACGAAAGAAGACCGCGCGGACGCUGAGCUCCGGCAACUGCUGGGCAGCGACAUAUCUGACGUGGAAAGCAUUCACGGCACAUGGAGGAGGCAACGCAAAGACAUAGGUCGCAACGUGCUGAGCCCCUUGGCAAGGGAGGAGGGGGUGAACGGCCACCUCACGGAUGGUGACGACGAGAUCCUGGAGAGCCUGGUGAAGACGGCCACCAAGUCCCCGGCGACCCGCACCACCCCGCGGGAGAGGAAGAGGACCCGGCAUGCCGACCGCAAGUCCUUGCGACGAACACUGAAGAACGGGCUGACAGAGGAAGAGAAGAAUCAUCUUGCAGCUUACAUAAAAGGUUAUUGAGGCACGAGACGAAAGUGCUUACAUACUGUGAUAACAGCUGACAAGACUUUGACCGUAUACGACGGCACUUUGUGAUAUUACUAUAGAAAUUAUUCAAACGACCACCAAAGUUGGGGUCUGUCAGAACCCCUCCGACGCUGCGGUACGAUUUUCCAGACAGUUAUACUAUAAUUUACCUAGAUAUUACUAAAAAGGUGUGUUCCUAGUCUUGUUUCUAUAGUGAAAUUAAUGUUUACUCAUGUGUGUGAUAUGAGAUGCAUUGUAGUGGUAUUAUUUAUAGCUAAUUAUUUUGUACAUAAUGUAUUGUAAGGAUGAGAAACAUCUUUAUAAACCCUGUAAAGUGUAGGUACAGUACUGGAAAAAUCUCUUGCAUUGGAGUAGUUUUUUUUAAAGUAUAUUUUAACUUUAGUUGCUGAUUUUUUUAAAGUUUGUCUGUAUUGUGAAGAUGAACAGUGCUUAGAAUAUUGCAAUCACAUUCAUAAAACAAAAAUACACUGCAAGACAGAAUUUUCUAUAGCUUUAUACAAAACCAUCUUGCAUAAAGGCCUAUUUCAGAGACACUGUUUGUUUCAUUCUUGAAGAGUAGUUUGUACAGAAUCAUAGUAUGUUUUAACAGUUUAUACAAAAUCAAAAAAAAUCUUUUAAGAAAAAAUUAUACUGUAAUGCUGCAUGUCUGCCGUAGUUAAGGACUCUGGCCAUGGAAGUCUACAUUUUAAAUGUUAUAGUUUGAUUAUGCUACCAUGGAACAGUAAACUAUGAAUUUAAUGUCCAAUGAGUUCACGACAAUAAAUAUGAUUUAUAAAAUGUUUAUUCAGUUUUAGAGUGUGGUUACAGAACCAAUAAGAUAAUCUAUUUUGAGCUGGAUUGACAUCGUUUUAUGUGAAUAAAUAACAACACAUUUCUGUAACACCUAGUAAGAAAGUAAUUGAUAUAGGUUUUUUCUGCUCAUCUCAGUGAAGGAGCAAUAUUUGAACCAGCUUUCCAAUAAUUUUAACAAUAUGUAGCUUGAGUGUUCAGCAAGUUUUGCUGCUUGUUGUUGAAACAACUUUGUAUGUGACAGAAACAUUGUACAUAUGUGAGAUAGUUUAUACAUUGGACAUCACUGUAUUUUUGUACAUAAAUUUUAUGGUAUUUAAAUACCUACAGAUUUUGACAAUAAGUCAAAUUGUAUCUCUGUAUGUUUAUAAUUUACAUCACUUAUUUCAUUUACUAGUCCAUUGUGACCAAAAUGAUUUUGUAAUUUUAUCGGCUUUUUAUGCUAAAUGAAACAAUAAAAUUUUAUCUGUGCUUGAAA